UUUGGUUUUUGAUAAUAGACUGAUAUUUGUAAAUUUGAUUUAAGUACAGCACUUGAAGGUUAUGUUUUUCCCUUGCACUGUAACGUCUGCUUGAUCAAAUUACACUUUUCUUACUUUGGCCUCGUGGACACCUUAAUCAUAAAUAUGUACAACACUUUAACACUUUUUAACACGAAGAGACUAUGCAUUCAAAAAUGAUUUCUAUAUUUAUUACAUUUAUGUUGAAUAACAAUUCAGUUCAUUUUGACCAACCAACAAAUAUUUUCAGGUGAAGAAAAUGAUAGCAUAUGGUUAUUUGGAGUCCUUGAUAUUAUUGGAGCGAACGAUGAUUUUAGAAAGACUUGUCAACGAUCUUACAUAACGCAGGAGAUUAUCCAAAAUUUCCUAGAAGCACCAAUAAUUUCUCUUUUUAUAGUUGGAGGUACAUUCGAAGGGUCAAAUACACCAGGUAUACUUAUUGACCUUGACACUAUCUAUUGUGAUGACAGUCUUGAUGUCAUCGAAGACAUAUCACAGGCUGAAAAAAACCGAGAUUCACUAUUGAUUAUUAAAGAACAAGAUACAGCUCCUGGGUAUUGCAAACUACAAUUCGUAAAGAGAAGUGUACCAUACACAAUUCAACAUUUAUCCCUUAUCGAAAUUAGUAAUAAACGUUUUUUCAAAAUUGAUAGAUUUGAACGAAUAGUUCUGACUGAUGUUGCAUAUGAUAGUGGAGAAGGCACACGGCGUUUUUCAAGACCCAAUAACAAGUGUGCUGCACAACUCGGGCCUUGUUUUAAUGAUAAAAACAAUGAUACAACAAGAAAAUGUGAUAUGGUCUGGUCUUAUCGUUGCAAACAAUGGCCAGCAGAUGCACAGGAAUGGCUAACCAGACGUCGAUAUAACGGAUGGCCAACAGAAUAUACUAUUAAUGAGCUAAAAUCACUUGGGUAUUUUGUCGUCAGAAAAGGCCACCCUUCUUCAUCAGAAAUAGAUUUAGAAUGGCGAAUAUCUCUUACAUUACAAGAACGGAAACUUAUGUUUAAUCUAACAGAUGUCCAAUAUAAAUGUUACGUUCUUCUUAAGAUGUUAAAUCGUGAUAUUAUAAAUUUGGAAUGCAUAACCUCGUACCAUUGGAAGACAUGUUUGUUUUAUGUAAUAGAGAAGAAUAAAUGGGAUGUUUGGAAAAAAAAUCUUCUUCUGCAUUGUGUUAAGCUGUGUAUAAAGCAAAUGUUAGUAUGGGUUAAAGAUUGUUUUUGUCCUAACUACUUUGUCGCAGGAGAAAAUAUUUUUGAUGGAAGACUUUCUGAAAGUGUGAGAAUAAAAUCAGAACAACAAUUAGUAAAACUUUUAAAUGACGGAUUUCAUUGUUUGCGUUAUGUAAAAUCAAAUCACAUAUGUGAGUUUGUUGAAGUACGGGAGUCUUUCACAUUGUUUCAAUUGCUUCAAGAAUAUAGCAUAAAAUCAUAUAGAGAAAUGUUAUAUGAAAUGAAUACGGAACCUGCCACAUAUGCACUAAGUUCUUUUAGUGCAUAUAUAUCCACCAAUGACAGUACAAACUUGAUAGACUUUCUUUGGCGUUUGCUAGAAAACAUUCAAACCACGGGUACUAUGUUUGCGUACACAACGGAAGACACACGACGUUCUCUAUCGCUAUUAGCAUCCGUUGUCUAUACUUACUUGGCUAGUCAUAUUUCUGCAAUGUCUAUCCGCCAACCGAAUCUUCAGGUUCGCAAUUUCCUUUUGUUGGGAUCUUUGACAUACUUCAGGAAAGGUGACUUAACUGGAUACCUGAAGUUUAUAUCCGUAUUAUACACUGUUGGUUGUUAUAAAGACUGUGAAUGGCACUUAAAUCGUUAUAAAGAAAAAAAUCCCUCUUUCUUUGAAACUCCAAAAAUGUUCGACUCAAAAUCUUUUUUAUUUCUUAUAACGGAACUUCAAAUAAUUCCCGACGCUAUGAAGUAUGAACUAUUCAAAUACUUCGGUAUUUCAUUGAAUUCAAGUGAAAAACAUUCAAUAAUUAAGGAUGGGGCUUAUGUUGACAGCAAUACUUACUAUUUUCUGCUCAGGUUCUUAAUUAAAAGAAAAUUCAGGGGAGCUGAUUGCUCCAUGGAAGAUUUUUAUGACAUUUUACAAAUUCACGACAUAACAAAUGUUCACCAUCCUGAUGUUGCAUUUAACCUGCAAGCCUGGUGUUUUUUCAGUAUUGGGAUGACACCAUUAGCUCUAACACAGUUAUACAUGUCAUGGAAGUCAAUGGAUUCUCUCAGAAUAUGUUUUCAGACCGGUAUAAACGAAAUGAAACAAAAAAUAUACCAAUUCAAUUCUGCAAAGUUCCAUGCGUUGGUUUUUUUGUACAACACGUGGUUUACAAGGAACACUUCCAGAACUAAAUUUUGUUUUCAGUGUUUUCUCCGCAGUCAAAAAACAUGUAGCAGAUGUAAAACAGCCACGUAUUGUUCCAAGAAAUGUCAAAAACGAAACUGGAAAAUUCAUAAACAUGUUUGUGAAAUUGUAAAAAGUUUUCACGAGGUCUGAUGUUUUUUUUUUCAAAUACACAAACGAGUUUGGUAAUAUCAUUGUUAAAAAAUGGCCUUAGCAUGAGUUUCCAGUGCUGUUCCAAUACUGACUGAACACACACCAUCACCUUGAUUUAAGCCUAUGUCAUUGAAUGCCUUGCUCACUUUUCAAAAGAAUUGACAACGAAGCACUGGUAUUUCCACUUAAAUAGCAAAUAAAAGAACUCUUUACA